CAGAGUUAUCGGACUCAAACCUCACACACAACUGGAGAUUUGCUGAACAUCAGUAGUGAGACACUUCUGCAGCUCAGAUAUUAAGAGUAGAGGUUCUGAUACUGAAGAGCAAAGAUGAGUGACAAUAGCUCAGUGUAUAACGAACUCCGUCUCCCAUCAGCUUGUGACGUGGUGAUCAGGGUGGACAACCUUGAAUUUCCUGCACAUAAAGUGAUCCUCUGUAACUGCAGCUCAUACUUCAGAGCCCUCUUUACCAACUGGUCAACCCCAGACUGCCAGGUCUUUGAAAUUUCCAAUGUGUCAUCUGCCAUGAUCAAGCUCAUCAUUGAGUUUGCCUACACUGGCUUUGUCCAUGUAACACAAGAGAAUGUGGAAGAACUUUUUAUAGCAGCAGACCGGUUAAAUAUAAAAGGCAUUUUAAAAGCCUGCAGAUUCAUAGAGGGGCACCUGGACACAAAGAACUGCAUCGGUAUCUGCUGGUUCACAGACACCUUUUACAACCCUGAACUGAAGGACAAGGCCCAACUCUCAUGAAAUCACUUGGAGGAGAUGCCUACCUCAGAAGAGUUCCUGCGGCUCUCUGCACAACAGCUUGCUAAUAUCAUUGAGAAUGACCAACUGAAUGUGAAGGAGAGGAAGUGUUUUGAGGCCAUCCUCCAUUGGAUCGCCCACGCACCCGAGGAACGCAGAGAAUACAUUGAUCUGCUUUUGUCCAAAGUCAGGCUGGUUUGGAUGAGUCCAGGCGACAUCAUAGAGAACGUAACUUACAAUGAACUGGGAGGUCAAGAAGAGUGUCGAGCAAUUCUCCACGGGCCAGGAAGGCCAUUCUUGCCCUUUGACCCGCCUCGACUGCCCGCUGCCUUCCUAUUGGCUGUUGGAGGCUGGACUAAUGGACAUACCACCAAUGAAAUCGAGGCUUACGAUAUCCGUGCAGACCGCUGGUUCAGAGUAGCUGAAAAUGACGAGGUUCCCAGGGCCUACCUUGGCACUGCUAUCUUCAAUGGAUCAAUGUACUGUAUCGGUGGCUUUGAUGGUGCUGAAUAUUUCAACACAGUGGACAAGUUUGACCUGGGGACAAUCACUUGGCAGGAGGUGGCACCAAUGCAUACAAGACGCUGCUAUGUCAGCGUAACUGUGUUGGAUGAGUUCAUAUACGCCCUAGGAGGUUAUGAUGGAGAAGAUCGUCUCAAAACUGCUGAGCGCUAUCAGCCCAGUACCAACCAGUGGACAUUAAUUGAGUCCAUGAAUGAGAAGAGGAGCGACGCCAGUUGCACAACCUUCCAUGGCAGGGUGUACAUUUGUGGAGGCUUCAGUGGAGAUGAGUGCUUGAGAACAGCAAUAUACAACCCACAGACAGACCAGUGGACAAGGAUCGCAUCCAUGAGCAGCAGGCGCAGUGGGAUUGGGGUCAUCACCUAUGCAAACCAUAUCUUUGCAAUUGGUGGUUUCUCUGGAAUCAGUCGUCUGCCCACUGUGGAGGUCUACAACCCUUGCACUGGCACUUGGCACAACAUGCCCUCCAUGUUGAUGCCUCGUAGUAACUUUGGCGUUGCAGUUAUUGACAAUCGCUUGUUUGUGGUCGGGGGAUACCAAGGCUUCACCACCACCUCUGAAGUUGAGUGCUUUGAUGUCAAAACUAAUGAGUGGUCUACUAUCUGUGACAUGGAGAUCUCACGCAGUGCCCUGAGCUGUUGCAUGGUGUCCGGACUCCCAAACAUGGCCGAGUUUGCUGCCCCUCACUCUCACUCUCUGCAAUGAGGAAGAGGAGGAGGUUGUAGUGGACUGAUCAAGCUCCAUA